AUGUCGUCCGACACCCUCAGCAACAGCAGCCAAGACCUGUCUGGCAGUCGGCCCCGGCCCCGAUCUUGCAUCCUCUGCCAUCGUAGGAAGAUCCGGUGCGACAAGAAAGAGCCCUGCAUGCAUUGUGUCCGGGCGGACAAGCAGUGCGUGUAUCCGCCCUCUGGACCGCGGGUUCGGCGUACCAAGCGGACGCUGAUGGCUGACAUGUCAUCGCGGAUCCAGAGCCUGGAGAAGACUCUGACAAAUGCUAGAGCGGCAGUCCAGGCGGGGCAGCGCCGGGGCGGGAGUGUGCCUUCGCCAGCUGAGACCGAGGAGGCACAUCGGUCUCCGGCCUCCUCUAUCGCCUCGCUGCCGAUAGGUCCGGCGGCUCCCUAUAGGAGGGCACCAGGACAUCGUCGCAGGAGGUCCGGGGAGGGAGAGGCCAUUGUUGUUGAGAAGGGGUCGUCCAGCCAAUACUUCAACGAGUUUCUCAUCUCACGUGUUCUUGAAGAUGAACAAGAGGUCAGGAGUGUUCUUACAACGCCCCAGUCAGUAAGCCAAAAGCCUCCUCCCUUGACACCAUUCAACCCCCUGGGCAUCCUCUCUGAGCCCUCGUUAUCACUGCCAGUCUCGAGCUUUCACCCCUCAAAAAACGUGGCCCUCAGGUUAUGGAGACUGUACGGUGAGAGGGUAGAGGAUGUCACAGGUCACAAGGUCCUCCAUGGCCCCACGGACGAGGUGAAGGUGUACACCACCAUCGGCGACCCGAGCAACGCAUCUUAUGAGAACCUCGCGCUUUGCUACGCCAUAUACUUUACCGCAACCGUGUCGCUCGAGAAGUCCGAGACUGGGCAGGUCCUGGAAGACGACAGGGUCACUUCUCUGUUCAACUUCAAACAUGGACUGGAGCAAGCGUUUGCACACGGAGACUUUCUCGACCGCCCUUCCAUCACUUCACUCUUCGCCUUAUCGAUCUACCUCUGUGGUCUCCGUGUCCAGCAUCGCGGGCGAUCCCUUUGGAUUCUAAACGGCUUAGCCAUCCGUAUAGCGCAAUCUCUCGGGCUCCAUAGAGACGGUGAACGCCUCGGCCUAAGUCCCUUCCAAUCAGAAAUUCGCCGACGGUUAUGGUGGCAUCUGCUCUCCAGGGACGGGCGAGCAGGCGAGGACCACGGCCUCCAGGUCGCCACCUCUCACACCUGGGACACACUAAACGUGGCCAUGCCGCUCAACGUCGAGGACGUGGACCUGUACCCGGAGAUGACGGAGCUGCCACCGCCCCGGAAAGGCUGGACGCCCAUGACGUUCGGCCUCAUCGCCAUCCACAUCUCGCGCGCGACGUCCAGGCUCGACACCAUCGCGUCCGAGUCGACCUCGUGCUCGCCGCCGGACGAGAACCUCCGCCGGCAGAUCUGCCAGGAGCUCUCGGACCACGUCGAGCAGCACCUGGAGCUGUGCAACCACGCCAUCCCCCGGCAGCGCAUGACGCUGACCAUGGCCCGGUUCGUCGUCAGCAAGAUCGAGAUCAUGACGCGGCAGCAGUGGACGUUCCUCGCCGCGCGGGGCGGGUCGCGCGAGCAGUUCGCCACGGAGCAGAACCUGGUCGAGUCGCUGGACAUCAUGGACAUGAAGCUGUCCAUCAAGGCCGACGAGAUGCUCAAGCCGUACUGGUGGUCGCACCCGGCGUUUCCGCAGUACCACGCGCUGUUGUAUGCGCUCUGGCAUCUCUGCGUGAAGCCGGACAGCCCGCUUGCUGAGCGUGCUUGGAAAGUGAUUGACAAGGUGUUUGAGAGCGAUAUGGGUGAUGAUUCUAUCGAGGGCUUCAAGUCAAAAGAGGCCGUUCUGUACGCCCUCCGGGCCAAGGCCAGGCUCCUCCUCGAGCAGUCGAAGGCUCCUACUACCACGCUGCCGACGAUGGAUCAAGCAGGGGGUGAGGGAGUCACAGCUGGGCCGAAAGACCACGCGCCGUUACUGGCACAUCCAGCUAGAGUGGCAACGACGAUGGCUGGAGGAGGGGAGAAUGGCGCGAACUGGGCUGGUUAUCCGAUGGCCGGAGUGCCUUCGAAUCCGAUUGAUCUGAAUAUUGAUUCGUUGGACUGGGAGGCGCUGGUUCAGGGGUUUCAGCCCCAGAUGCCCACAAUAUGUGAUCUCUCGUGGUAA